ACAGACAGAGCAAAUUCAAUUUCGAAUUCAACAGUUUUUGCGACAUUGUGACUUACUGGAUCUUGGGCACCACCCACCACCCAUGACUGUCUGGUUGACCAUGACAAACGCAUCGGCUGACCGUUAGACAUUUGCUAUAAUUCUGCACGCAAUGCGUAAUCACCGGUUGCAUGCCCCAAAAGACAUUUCCAUUCCAGCGGCCAUAAAAAGUCAGCGUCGAUCGUUGUAGCAACCUCAGUUUCAUUUCAGACCUUGACGCGAUCACCACGAAAUGCAAGUGAAAUUUAUGUAUGCAGUUUGCUUGCUGCUGCCACUUGUGGCAAGCACUGCGGCGACGCCAACGCAAACGGAUACGCGUAUCUCAUGGAUAGCUCAACUAAAACAACUCCAUCAUCAGCUGCAUAAUUGCUUACAAUCCGGUGGCAGCUUGGGAUUGUGGUCCUGCUUCCGUUCACGCAGUCUGCGCAUCUUUGAGGAUGUCAUGAGCUCUGAUGUGAUUCCACUUUUCGAGGGUGUUCGUCUAGUUGCUGCGUCGAAUACCACAAAUGGACAGGCGCGACAGGCAGGCGAUGAUCGCAAGGAUCUGAAGCAUCUCACUUGGUUCGAUCAGCUGGCCAGCAGCUUGGCCAAGAGUUUGACCACGCACACGCUGCAAGUGAAUCUGGUGAAGCUCACAGAGCGCUAUCUGAGCAGAGAUGCACCUGCAACUCAAGCGGAUUCAACGGGCAGCGCUCGUCUUAGACGCCAUCGCUUUAACAUGAUCAUCACCAUGAUGUUUGGCGUCACAGCUCUGGGCGCUGUCCUGGUGCCAAUGGGCUUUCAGAUGCUAUCCAUAGUCAGUGGCAAGGCUUUGCUGUUGGCCAAAAUGGCGCUGCUGCUGGCCUCGAUCAAUGGGCUGAAGAGAGUGGCCAACACGGGACUGCAUUAUGGUCUAUAUCAUGUGCCUGGCGAGCAUUUGGGUGGCUACUACGAUCGUGGUGAUCUCAAUCAUCCACGCAAUGUUCCCAUUCCUGUGGCUGUGGCUCCCACCUUCGACAUGAGUGUCAAGUAGAACUAAAGUCAA